AUGGGAAACCAAGAAGAGUCAAGAAUGGGUAGAAUCAGUGAUGAGGUUGCUAAACUUUCCAACAAGGGAGGAACCAGAGCUGAGGAUAAGGAGUUUGUGGUGUUGAUAGAGUUGCUUACGAUGGAAAUGCUUAAACUAGAUGAGAUUGAAGCCGAUGGAGAGCUUAGAGUGCAGAGGAAAAGAGAGUCAAAUGAUGUCUUUGAGUUUCUCCUUACAGGUUUGCGUGUCCAGAGAUUUGUGGAAUCGUUGGACGUACUGAGGGUGAGAAACCGCGACAUGAACCGCAGUGCAAACUCUCAGGAUAUGCCUUUGCCAAGGUUGGGAAGUCUGUGCUUUUCUUUAGCUCCAAAGGCUUCAACAAUCAUAACACAGGACUGGGAACUGUUUGCCUAA